AUGGAUGACCAAUUCAAGCGUCCAAUAAACGCAAAGAAGCGGGUGCUCGAGCCGACGGCGAGUAAUAAUCGUGAGCAUGAGCCUGAGCGUGAGCGUACGAAGCGUGUCAAGGUAGACAGGCAAGGCGACCAAGACUACAUCAGAAAGUGGACGCGUGCGUUUAGGAAUAUCGUUCUCUACUUUGAUAAGCCACCGGAGAAUGGAAUAAAGGGGGACAUAGUACAAAUGGCUGUUAAGCUAGGUGCAAGCGUCGACGAUUUCUUUUCCAACAAGGUGACACACGUGAUUACCUCGCGGGAGAUACCCAAGGCGGCUACCGACAGCACCAGCAGCACCAAAGAGAACAAGCCAAAGGUGCUCAGCAGACAGGCGACGCCGACAUAUGGCGACGAGGCCGUCACGGGCAGCGCAGCUUACACAGUCGUAGACCCACUCAACCACACCCAACACAGCAUCGUAGAUACCCAGCCCAAAAACCCCUUUCUCGGCCCUAUUCAACAGGCCGACGAUCUCCUCCUACGCGCGCAAGAAUUUAAGAUUAAGGUGUGGAGUUAUCCCAAGAUCUACAACAUCCUCCGCCACCUCUUGGCGAAUGACACGGGGGGGAAUCCACUUUCUCAUUCUCAAACGCAGGCACAUGCACAUGUGCAUUCUCACUCACAUUCACACGCCACCGCGCGCGAACAGAGUCUGAAAGCAAUGCUCAAGCGGGAGAAACUGCAAGGAACAACCGAGCGCGACCGAAGUGUGCGCCAGAUCGAUCAGUACUACUUCCCGCGCAACGUGCGGUAUGUAUUAGUAGAAGACGCUUCUGAGACACACCGUCCAGUGCUGAUACAGGAGUACGCUGUGCCGCGCGCAAACGAGGAAGCGGCCUGGCCGAUUUUGUUCGCAUGCCGUGAUGAGCGCAACCCGUUCACAAAGUAUUACCAGAAUGAGGCACCGUUCGAUGGACGCGUAUACGCUAGUAAAGGCUGGGGAAUGCAGGAGCACGUCAAUUACGUUGUCGAGGCUCAGCUAGCUAGGUUGUGUAAACAGGGCGUUAUUACUAUGGUGGGUAGUGGGCAGCACGGCGAGCAGGAGAUGGAGUUGGAGCAGGAUAUGGAAGUGGAUCAACAUCACCAUCAGGCGCAACUGCAAAUGCAAAUGCAGUUGCAGGAAGAUGUCGACAAGAAUCAGAAUCUUAUUCAAAGUCACAGUCACAGUCGGCAGAAGGACAAGGCUGAGGACGCUUAUGCGGCUGCAUCUGGGAACAGCGUUACUAUCACCUCCACGAAUGCUACGUCUCAAGCUCAGGCUGCACGUGUACCCGGUCAGCGCGAUAAAAGAGUCCUGCAGCUCGAUAAACGCACGACAGAGCACCGGCCCAAGACUGCACAAGCGAAUGCACAAACACGUGCAAAUGCAAAUGCCCGUUCGAGAGAGGCGGAUGCGAAUGCGAUUGCGAAUGAAACUGCGGUGGCAUCGACAUCGACGUCGACUUCAGCAUCAGCGUCGGCAUCUGCAAACACAACAUUGUCCACACCCACCACCACUAACACAACAACAAGAACGACACCACGCAGAGUGUCCGAUCACUCACACGCUCCCGCUCACACGUCUUUCGCACAGUUGCUCCAACAUAGACGCAGCUCUAGAGGUAAAGCGGUCGUCGAGGAUAGCUCUAAACCUACCAACGCAGCACAGGCACUGCUGAGAGCUCGCGAACAUAAUAAAUUUGAAGAAAGCGUAGCUGCUCUUAAGAAUCGAGGUGCUCAUGAUGUCGUUGAUGAUAAUUUUGAUAGCGCUAAUUACAGCGCUAAUGAGAGCGUCAUCUCCUCCGCACCAACACCACCACCGAAAGAUAUUCUUGCUACCAAAGAAGCUCGUGCUGCUUUCAAAGAAGUCUUGCCGAGGAGGAAGGUCCCAACGACUAAACCACCUAAAGAGCAUACUCAGUCCGGUAAAACAACUCAAACAGCGCAAACUAAUGAUUUAAUUUCUCCCAAAACACAACACACUCAACAAAAGGAAACUGCACCAUCCAAGGAAGAAAACAAGCAAGUAGACAAACAAGUAGAUGCACAAGUAUCCCAGGAAACAGUUGAUAUGUACAACCAUAUGGAGAAGCUCCAAGCGAAACAAAAGCACAAGGAGAAGCUGAGCAAGCGGCAAGAGAAUUUCAAGCCGGGGUAUUGUGAGAUCUGUCGAGUAAAGUUUGAGGACUUCGAUAGGCACAUUAAGACAUCCACACACCAGAAGAAAGCGACCGACCCUAAGAUAUGGAGUUCACUCGACAGUUUGCUGACCCAGACUGUUAGGCCGCCAGCAAAGGAUCUCCCACCCAUCCCAGUGUCUCCUCCUUCUCCGCCUAAGAAAGUUAACAUGCUUAAGCGGCUCGAGAAGAAUGAAGAUGACGUCGCUCAUGAGGAGCUGGAAGAGAUGAUAUUGAAUCCACAUGUGCCUUUAAAUGUGGAAUCCACGUAUAUACAGAAUUCUCAACCGACUACUGUUGCUACGACGCAGACUAUGUCGCAGUCUCAGUCUCAAACACAGUCUCAAACACACUCGCAAUCCUCCAAGAAAUCUGCCGAGAAUGCUGCCGUAAGUUAUCUAGAAAACGUAGCAGAAUUCACCGAGCAGAAGGAUGGGAAUGUUGCUGAGCCGGAGCAGGUUGAUGGUGGUGUGAUUGAUUGUCUUUAUUCGCAUCAAGUUCAUCAAGCUCACCAACAACCUCCACAAGUAGACACUUACAAACCAAACAACUACCAACAAGAACGCGAUGCAGGCUAUUACCACGGUUACGACGAUUUGAGCGAAUUUUCCGCAGAACAAUACCAGCUGCAGAAACAGAUAGCAGACUACGACGUCGAGGCUGAGUGGAAUGCGAUUCAAGAUAUCAUCAAUCCACCGACCAACACAAACAACAACACCAACAAUAACACUCACGCUCACGCCCACGAGCUAGACCUGCCAAGAACCAUUACGCACGAAAGUAUCACGCGCCAAGACAUCCUCAGUCUGAUAGACGACGAUGGGCGAACAGUGCAGGUGUACGAUGACGGCGAUGGCUAUGUGGAGGAAGACCAGCUGGAGGAUGGCCACGCUCACGACGACGGAAAGUUCAAAGUGGCUAGUCCGGAGAUGGCAGAAGCACCUAGAUCUUUCAGUGUUUUUGAAGCGCCACAACCGCCUCCAUUGACUCGCUCAGGCGGUAAGAUAGAUUUCGUACACACGCUUACAGAGGCCUUCAGACAGAUGUCAGACUCUAAUGACCACCAACAACACUCACAAUCUCACCAGUCAUCAUCUCACAGCCUUGUUGAGCAGCCACUAUAUUAA